AGAACCGCUACUUUUCGAACCUUUUUGUUUCUUUUCCGGCGUCAAGUCUAGUGCCCAAGCUGGAAUUUGGAAAGAAAAACAAAUUAAAUUAAACCAAAAUACAUUUGGACCCAAAAUCAUGGCUUCUUCCGGCGACUGCACCAAAAAUGACGGCUCUAGAAGGAGCAGUAGUAAUUUGAUAAACCCUCCAUCUUCGAAGAAACGAAAAGUGAGAAUCAAUGGAGCUGAAGAAACCCUAGACCUACUCAGUGAGUUGCCGGAGUCGCUCCUAAUUCAAAUUCUCUCUCUUCUGCCGACAAAAGAUGCAUUCACAACAUGCAUUCUCUCCAAAAGGUGGCAGUAUCUCUGGACUUCAGUUUAUAACUUUAAAUUCACUCGUAGAAGUUUCCGGAAACCAAAACACUUCAUAUCCUUUGUUGACUAUGUACUAGCUCAUUCCGUUUGUUCCAAAAUUAAAAGAUUUGAAAUUGACUGUACUUACCUGUUUCGUUACAAUUACAAUUCACAUAUCUGUCGAUGGCUUAGUUUUGCUGUUGAAAGAAAACUGGAAAAUGUUGUAGUCCGGUCAAAUUCUGAAACUAGCGCUUUCAAAUUGCCUGAAUCUUUCUGCACCUGCUCAUCGUUGAUAACUUUAGAUUUGACGUCUUGUUGCUUUGAUGCUGACGUGGUCAUAGCGUGGAAGUCUGUAAAGAGCAUAAGGUUUGACGCUUUUGUGUUAUUCGAUAAAGAUAUACUGAACGUACUCUCGGGGUGUCCUGCAUUAGAAACUUUGGAAUUGGAUAUUGUGGAGGGUCUUCGACGCCUGGAAAUUAGGUCUUCAAAAUUAAAGAGACUGAAGCUGCAAGAUUAUUGGUUGUCUAAUGAUGGAGGUGAUCAUACCUUGGAAAUUUUUGCCCCGUAUCUUCAACAUUUGGAAAUUUCAGGAGAUCUUGAUGAUCUCAAGUGUAGACUUAUAGAUGUGUCUUCCGUGGUUAAUGCUAAGCUUACGUUUAACAUUAGGUGUAUCAAAGACAUUCGGGAUGAUCAUGGUGAAGAAUUUGAUGAUGCGGAAGACAGUUGUCGUGAGUAUCAUCAAGUUUUUAGGACCCUCGUCCAAUAUUAUCUUCAGAAGUUCAGUUGUGCAACUGAGCUAACAAUAGGAACAUGGUUCACAAAGGUCCUGUGCAUGUUGCAGUACGAAGGAGUGCAGAUUCCUGAAUUGAAAUGCAAAUAUCUAACACUAGAGUUGCAUAUGGAUAAGUUUAAUUUGUAUGGAGUAGCUGGCCUUUUGCGAGCAUUACCUCAUGUGGAGACACUCGUCAUAGACAUAGAAUCUAUGCGUUUUGAUUAUUCCCGAUGCCACUUUGAGUCGAGAGAUCUGGCCAAAGGAAAUAAAAUUGAUUUGCAGAGUUUGAGUUCAAGCUUUGUGUUGCCUAACCUCAAGAAUGUUAUGAUUGUUAACCCCAGCGGGGUCUGUUUGAAGGAUCAGUUCAAAUCACGCUAUGUCAAAAAGCUUUCAAAACUUUCAGAAUUUCUGUUGACGAAUGCAUCGGUUUUGGAGAAGUUCGUUAUUAUAUCAAAGAAAAGAAGGUGCCAGACAUGUUCGAUGAACUGUGUAUCCCAAUAUUUGUUUGGAUUCGCUGAGAAAUUGUUAGGUUGUCCAAAAUCCUCCACCAAUUCCGUGAUUAUCUUCCAGGAGUGAGCUUUCCAUGACUUGAUUGGAAGUAGUUUCCUGUCUCAGGAUAUGAGAAAUGUCGCCUUACAUUGAGUUUUUGAUAAGCUGCUCAUGCAAUCAUGAUUCUUUGACUUAUCUAUGUAAGUUUGUAACUAAUUACUUUUUACUAUUGCAAUCACCCUUGUGGCAUACCAAAUGUUAUGGUUUCUUGAUUUAUGAUAAAUCAUUUCUUUGUCGCAUA